GGUCAUCUGGGCACGGACCCCGCUUGUCCGAAAUUUCUGAAACAACCAAAGGAUAGGAAACUGUCGCCCAACAUGCUGCUAGAAGUGGAAGAUGCCCCCGGUACCUGGUUCGUGGCGGACCCAACCUAUGACGGCUGGGUCUUCGACGACAACCUCGACGAGCCGGACUGGGUCUGGCACUUUACAGACCUAACUCCUACCACCAAGAAACCAGACAUCUUCCCUCCGGCGGACAGCAGGUGGCAAAAGAAGGCCACCGGAAAGGUAAGAGGCAAUCCGACAAAGAUCAACACUAUGCCGCUUACCGACUCUAGGGUGAUCAGGGAAGAGAAAGCAAGGGAAGACUUACUGACGGACUUGGUCACAAUUAGAGAGCAGAUAGAAGAGGAAUACAGCAAGAACCUAGAUUCUUUCAAGGAGGCACUGAAACAAGCAGAAUUACAAACUUACAAAAGAAGGGUUAAAGCCCAACCAGACAAUAAACGCCAAUUACACGAAGGGGGCAAGGCUAGGGAGAAAGAAUCGGGCCCGAAAAGAAGAAGGGCCGAGGGAUCAGCAGGGGAACGGGACAACAACAAGUCGGGAGCGGAUAACGAGGGUGAGGGAAUGGACUUUGAUGCGGCUGGGGAACAAGCGGAUGACGAAGCAGAUCCCAAGCCGGAGUCCGGCCCCGCGGAGGAGGAUGAGCAUGAGCGGGAGGAGCAGUCCCUAGCGUGGAUAAGACAUUAUUUGGAGAAAGCGAAAAGGGAGAGGGAACACGCUUUCGAUGUCUGCGUAGCAUGUUUAAGACAUGCGGAACGAUCCCAAGCGAAUGGGAAGAAGAAUGUAAUUGCUGGAAUCAGUAGUUCACCCAAUCAGUUCGCAGCCCUCCUGAAAGUUAAGGCGGAUGAGUUCUCCGAGUAUGCAGCCUUCAGGUAUGCAGAAAAAAAGAGGGCAAGAGAACAUGGAACGGAAGACAAAGAUAAAACAAUUCCCACAACCAAAGACAUCUUCCAAGACCGACGCCCCAAGACGAGGAAGACAAGUAAGACCCAGAAAAAAAGGGAAUCCAACGAAGAGCAAGGGGGGGGGGAAGAUAAAUCAGAGCAGGAUCUGUUGGAAAAAGAAAUUGCAGUUGUUCUGUCCCAAACAGAGAAACUGAAAAAAUGGAACAGAGAAUACGCCCCAGAAUACACAACGAUUGUGCAACUUGCAAAGGGGAAAGCACCCAUGGUUGUGGAAGCAGCUAAUGCAGCCCGCAGAACAUUGAGGAACAUCAGACCGCUCAUCGCGGCCAGGUACGACCCCAAAGUGAGGGAAUGGUUAGUGGCAACCGACGUAGCCUUCCAAAUUCCACACUUUGUGGAAGGGGAAAACGUUGUUAAGGCCUUAAGAAACCAUGUCACCUUCGAAGCCCCUCUGGGACUGUUUGAGACGGUGGCUUUAGAAUCAAACAUGGACAAGACCGAAUCCCAAGAGGGCUCAGAGAGCGAUCCCAAAACCAAGGAGCUAGCUGGCAGGAAGUCCCCGAGGGCCUUCUCACCCUUGAUCGCCAAGAUGCCGGAAGAGACGCAGCUGCAUUCAGGGAUGAGAUGGAGACCAUGGCGGACGGUGGCUAAAGUUCCAUACAACAUUCUGGCUGGCCUGGGAAUGUCUGCGGAGUUGAUGGCCACUUCAGUGGCUAGCAUUAUGGAGGCAGGGCAGCUAGAUGGGGAUGAAGAUUUGGACAUGAGAGCAUAUGCACUAGAUGAUGAGAGGUUUUACAGAAGUGAAGGAUCAGAGGGUGACUCAAGGGACGGCGAUGACGAUUGGGAAAAGAUGGACAGGCUGAUCGAUCUAAAAAAAAAGGGAAAGGGACAGGUGGACACUGAGGGGAGAGGAGGGGAGGAGCCGGGCAAGGUGACUUCGAAGGGGAGCUCCGACGCCGUGUUACAAGAUGACAAAGGAGGGCAAGAGGAGAGAGAAGACAGCUUAGGGGCUAACGCAUCCUCUCCCCCGCCCACCUAAGCAAAUGAGCCACAAGCCUAGACAGACAACGGACUCAGCCUGGUGGGAUCGAUGGAGGGUUUUAGGAACAGAACGAAUG